ACACUCCUGUGUCACCACUUCCGCAAAGCCUACUUUUCCCAGUAUCCAAUCUGUGAAAGAAAAAGAGAGACAGAGAGCUUUGCAGAGAGACCAUGGAGGGUAAGGAAGAGGAUGUGAAGCUAGGAGCCAACAAGUUCUCAGAGAGGCAGCCACUGGGCACAGCAGCUCAGACAGACAAAGACUACAAGGAGCCACCACCAGCACCAUUGUUUGAGCCAGGGGAGCUAGUGUCUUGGUCAUUUUACAGGGCUGGGAUUGCUGAGUUCAUGGCCACUUUCCUCUUCUUGUACAUCACCCUUUUGACUGUUAUGGGUGUUGUUAGGGCACCCAACAAGUGUGCCUCUGUGGGUAUUCAAGGAAUUGCUUGGGCCUUUGGUGGUAUGAUCUUUGCCCUUGUCUACUGCACUGCUGGUAUCUCAGGAGGACACAUUAACCCAGCUGUGACCUUUGGAUUGUUUCUAGCAAGAAAGCUCUCUCUCACCAGAGCUGUCUUCUACAUGGUGAUGCAAUGCCUUGGUGCCAUAUGUGGUGCUGGUGUUGUCAAGGGCUUCCAGCCUUCCUAUUAUCAGAUGAACAAUGGUGGGGCCAACUUUGUGCAACAUGGCUACACCAAGGGUGAUGGUCUUGGUGCUGAGAUUGUUGGCACCUUUGUCCUCGUCUACACCGUCUUCUCUGCCACCGAUGCCAAGCGAAGCGCUCGAGACUCGCAUGUCCCCAUUUUGGCACCUCUUCCCAUUGGGUUCGCUGUGUUCUUGGUUCACUUAGCCACCAUCCCCAUCACCGGAACUGGCAUUAACCCAGCCAGGAGUCUUGGAGCUGCCAUCGUCUUCAACAGGGACCUUGCAUGGGAUGAUCAAUGGAUUUUCUGGGUGGGACCAUUCAUUGGAGCUGCUCUUGCUGCUUUGUACCACCAGAUUGUCAUUAGAGCCAUGCCUUUCAAGUCCAGGGCCUAAAGUUUAUAUUUAAGCCACUUUUGAGUCACACCAUUGUCUCAUCUCACCCCUAUGUGCGUUGUUUUUAUUUUCUUUAUUGUGUAUUAGUCUCUUCUUCGUGUGGACUUGUUGUUUACUGUUGAGAUGUUAGUUAGUAGACUAUUAUGUGUAAAUUAUCUGUAUUUGAGGUUGUGGCUGGCUUAUGAAUGAAGAAUUCUUGAAUCUUUUUUCUUACA